AUGUCUUUGCUGUUUGCUGUCGUCUGCUACAUUUUGGUUGCCAUGGUGACGGCAAGGGGUCGGAUGGUAGACCCGCCAAAUAGGUCGAGCCUCUGGAGGUAUGGGUACCAGCUGCCCAUCAACAGAAAUGAUUCCGAUUUAACCUGUGGUGCCAAUUUGACACUUUUUCUGGGCGGGUAUUUCGAAUUCAGUGUGUGCCCUCAUAACUUCCUCGACGAGGCGGUCACUCAGGAGUGUUUUUCAGACUAUCAGCUGAGCAUCGUUGGGCAUGGAAGAAGAUACUAUCCCCGUCAAAUCGGCCUGCACCAGGUGAAGCUUGUCAUACCUCAGGAUCUCACAUGUCGUCAUUGUGUCCUCCAAUGGCGCUGGGUCACAGACCAAUAUCUCCUUGCUGACUGCACCAGCUACCUAAUUCCGCCAAGAAUCUGCUAUGCCCCUAACGAAAUCCGCAACUGCGCAGACAUCGCCAUCACGCGACGUGCCGGAAGAAGAGCGCCCAGAAGGAGGCGCGUACGUCCGCCAAUGGUGUUGCCGGAGAUUGACGAUGAUUUGCUCCCUCUGUACUUCCUGUCCCAAGGCUCGCCUGACUUGGCCACUCUACUGAUGAUGGACACGUAGAUUCAUGGGAUGUGUAUUAUCAUGAUAACGAUUGAAGCUAUCCGCCACUUAGACCGUGAGCAGUAACUAAUACCAUAUAACUUUUAACUUAAAAUACGAGAUAUGUGUUUCCCGACCUUAGUCUGUUCUGAAUGUGUAACAGCUCUGUCUUUUUAAAAAUUAAAUUCAAAAUAUUUU